AUGUCCAGAAUUCGGGAUCACGACACGUUGUGUAAACGCCUCAAGUUUCUGGCCGACAACUUCCCAGACAGGGAACUCUUCAUCUUCUACGACCACGGACUUCUCCUAGCGGACGGCUCUGACUUCUUCGAAGUGGCCAAGAAAGCUCGCUGUCGGGCUGUAGUGGCAGAUCUACACGACAAGGGCCCAGCUUCUACACUGUUCCUGCCCUACAACAGAGGGGCGACCAGCAGCUCCAAACGAUUCGUAGAUCUGAACAUUGACUCCGCCCCUGAACUGACGUCCGCCAUUAAUGUCUUCAGAGACGGAGAUACCCUUCAGGUGGUCGACAAGGACGAGAAAGAGUGUGCCGUGGGGAAGGUGGGAACCGUCAGGGUCAAAGGCAAGACUGUCUUCUCCGGCUACUUCAACCAGCUGGAGGAGAAAGAUCCCGCCACGACAGGCCAGUUCUCAGAGGACGGCUGGUUCGACACCAACGACAACGGUUACUUUGACGACAAGGGACGCCUGUACGUGAUUGGUCGGAAUAAUGACGUUAUCACUUAUGGGGAUUGCCUGGUGUACCCAGGUUGGCUGGAGCAGAAGAUUCUGGCUCACCCAAAAGUCCGAGACGUGUGCUUGGUACCUGUCCCCCACCCUGUGCUGUAUCAAGACAUGUGCGCAUGUGUACUGGCGGCCCCCGAUAGCCAGCUGACCCAGGACGAGCUGAGACAGUUCUGUGCACAGAUUUGCUUCUCUGACGGCCACGAGGAAAAACCCCUCAUCCCCACUUACUUCAUGGUAUAA